CACUAUUACUCGUGAACGUGAAAUAGGGGUCACUGAACUAAAGAUUGACACACUUUUAUCAGAGUUAAGUUAACCCACUUCACCAAAAUAACAACAACACUCAACAUCAAGUCUUGCACGCAUUUCGCGAGCAUUUUAAUUUUUGCUUUACAUACUUAUAUAUUUUCUAUACCUAUUGACAGCAUCAUUAUACUACGUAGACGACUAAAAUGAGUUGGUUCCGUAAUUUAAGGCAAGUUACAUCGCAAGCGCUGCCUUCAAACACAAAGAAACUUGCCACAAUGAUAAAUUAUGUGCCUAAACACGAGUCUGUGAAGCGUUCUGAAUUGGCCCCAUUGACGGAGUUCAUCCAGUCAGCUAGAAGUCUCUUUGUGAUAACCGGAGCAGGUGUCUCGACCGAGUCAGGCCUUCCAGACUACAGGUCCGAGGGCACCGGGCUAGUGGCCCGAAGACCGAAUUUCAAGCCAACAAAUUACCAGGAUUUCAUGAAGAAGGAGUCGACAAGAAAAAUUUACUGGGCAAGGAGCUUUGCUGGUUGGAGCUACCAAACGCAGAGACAGCCCAACGUGACGCACUACACCCUGGCGAAUUGGGAGGACAAAGGAAAAAUUAGCUGCCUUGUAACUCAGAAUGUGGACAGACUUCACCACAAAUCAGGGAGCAAAAAGAUAAUUGAGCUGCACGGCACUCUGUUUGAGGUCCGGUGCAUGAACUGUGAAAAUAUUUUGGACCGAUUUAAAUUUCAAGAAAUGUUACGAUCAGCGAAUAGAAAUUUAUUCAACAUCGACUUUGAGGCGACUGCCCUCAGACCUGAUGGAGAUGUGGAACUGAGCAAAGAAGUCUCAUCGAAUUUCACCGUACCUCCAUGCCCGAAGUGUGGCUCUGGCAUUUUAAAACCAAAUGUCGUGUUCUACGGCGAGAAUUUGCCCAAAGGACGGAAGGAACAAGUUAAAAGAGAAAUUGAGAAGAGCGACGCAAUUUUAGUCCUAGGAACAACUCUGCAUACGAGAUCUGGUCGCGAUCACAUAGAACACGCUCACAAGCAGAGAAUGCCGAUUGCUUUAGUCAACAUUGGUCCUUCGUUUGGCGACAAUUUAGCGCAGUUUAAAAUUAAUGCCAGAUGCGGUGAAGUGAUGACGUUUCUAUCUCAUGAACUGAAUAAUAAUUUGUGAAUUAUUGAUACACAUUAAAAUUUUCAAAUGUUAUUACAGA